UUAUUUAGUAAAUGUAGAAUUGUUUAAAGAAAUGUGAAGUGACUAAAGAAAACAUUUGUUUUAGCUCCAGGCAGAGUCUGUAUUUGGAGUGAUCAAGACACAAGUGUAAACAGCGCAUAGGUGCAGUUUAACUCUCCUUGGCACCUCUCCCCCUGCCCUGUCAUUGAUGAUAUUUUUUAAUAAGUUAUUGCUUUAAACAAGUGUUUAAAAUGACCAAGAAAAAAAUUGUUAGUUGUUUUGAUUUAAAGUAGGUGAAGUACCAGGCCACAAAUAUAAUCAAUCAGCUUCAAUUUUUAAAAAGUUGUUUGUUUUUUACAUAUAUUUUAAAGGACAGGUUAGCUGACUUAGUCACGAUAGGCUUUGUGUAUGGGGUGGCAACUGUAAACAAGUGUGGUCAGACAAAGACUAGUUGAUCUGCAAUGUACAUGUAGCAGCUAUUGGUUUUAGUAGCCUUAUUUUGGAAAUACUGUGUGUGUGAGGGAUGCAAACAAACAUCAGUGUGGUUAUAAUAACUUAGAUUUUGUAUCCAGAAUCACAGGGCUGAGCAUACAAGGAGAAUUUCUUCUUUGGGAAAGCAGAUCAGGAAAGUCCCUGGAGUGCUGUGAACUCUGAGGGAGGAGCUUAACUGUGGGGUGUUCCAGGGAAACGUUUGAACCUGCCUAUUGAAAUACCCCAGUCUGAUUUCUCUACAUCACUGAAACUACAGCUUCAAGUUAAGCAGAAAACCCUGUGGGUCAGCAGUUGAAACAACCAACCUUGUUUAAGGUUAUUUUAGAGAAAGAACACUUCAUCUGCACUUUACUUAUCAUUAAACCUUUUGGGGGGGGGUAGAGGGAAAGAGAGAUUCAAUGUUCAGGCGGGUACAGAUCUUUACAGCAGCAGUCGUUACAUUGUUUAUAAAGUUAAGAAUCCAAAGUCUUUUUUUGCAGCUUUUUGUCCUUGUGAAGACAGAUUAAUUUUACAACUGAAAGCUCUUGAAAACCUGUAUAUGUUUCCAUUAAAAAAAACAAAAAACCUGGUCAGAUAAAUACAACUUAAAAAAGCUGAAGAUGAGUGCUCACGCUCCAACAGCCGAGAAGGGACUGAACACAGCGCUCCUGUGUCAGGAAAGCUAUGAUUGCAGUGGGAACGAUGAAGCAAUCUUUGAGUGCGAUGAGUGUGGGACCCUGCAAUGCCAGUCCUGUGAAGAAAAGUUGCACAAGCAGGAAAGGCUGCGAAACCAUGAACGUACCCGUAUAAGACCUGGCCACAUCCCUUACUGCGACAACUGCAAGGGUGCCAAUGGGAAUAUAAUGCACAACAAUGCCACAGGAUCCAGGCAGAGGGCAGCAAUGAGGUGCCAGAUGUGCAAAACAAACCUAUGCGUGGAGUGUCAGAAGAGGAUGCAUGCUGGGGGAAACAAAAGAAAACACCCAAUUACCAUGUACCAUGGUAGCAAAUCCCAAGAGGAAGAGGAGGAAGGGAUGGAUGAGGAGACCAAAAGAAGGAGGAUGGCAGAAAAGGUUGCUAGUUUCCUCCUGGUGGAUGAAACAGAAGAGAUUCAGGUGAUGAAUGAAGAAGACUUUAUUAAGAAACUGGACUGCAAGCCUGACCAACACUUGAAGGUGGUGUCCAUCUUUGGGAACACUGGGGAUGGCAAGUCACACACCCUUAACCACACUUUCUUCUGUGGUCAUGAGGUUUUUAAGACAUCGCCAGCUCAAGAAUCCUGCACGGUCGGUGUAUGGGCAGCCUAUGACCCAGUCUGCAAAGUGGUGGUGAUUGACACAGAAGGUCUGCUUGGGGCCACAGUAAACGUGAGCCAGAGAACGCGGCUGCUUCUGAAGGUCCUGGCCGUUUCUGACCUUGUCAUCUACCGUACGCAUGCUGACAGACUCCACAAUGACCUCUUCAAAUUCCUUGGGGAUGCUUCAGAGGCCUACCUGAAACAUUUCACUAAGGAGCUGAAGGCAACCACAGCCCGCUGUGGCUUGGAUGUUCCUUUGUCCACUCUGGGUCCUGCAGUCAUUAUCUUCCAUGAGACUGUGCACACCAAGCUAUUGGGCUCCGAUCACCCCUCUGAGGCACCUGAAAAACUCAUCCAGGAACGCUUCCGGAAACUGAGCCGCUUCCCCGAAGCCUUCAGCUCAAUCCACUACAAGGGAACGAGGACUUACAAUCCCCCCACAGACUUCUCGGGACUUAGGAGAGCUGUGGAGUACCAGUUGGAGAACAAUACCACCCGUUCCCCACGACAACCUGGGGUUAUCUUCAAAGCACUGAAAGCAUUGAGCGACCGGUUCAGCGGUGAGAUCCCCGAUGACCAGAUGGCUCACAGCUCCUUCUUUCCGGAUGAGUAUUUCACCUGUUCUACUAUAUGCCUCAGCUGCGGGUGUGGCUGUAAGAACAGCAUGAACCAUGCGAAAGAAGGAGUUCCUCAUGAAGCCAAGAGCCGAUGCAGAUACUCCCACCAGUACGAUAACAGAGUCUAUACCUGCAAGGCCUGUUACGAGCGUGGGAAGGAGGUCAAUGUGGUGCCAAAAACAUCUGCUUCCACUGAUUCCCCUUGGAUGGGCCUUGCCAAGUAUGCCUGGUCAGGAUAUGUGAUUGAGUGCCCCAACUGUGGAGUGGUAUACCGCAGCCGGCAGUACUGGUUUGGGAACCAAGAUCCUGUGGACACAGUGGUGAGGACAGAAAUUGAGCACGUCUGGCCAGGAACAGAUGGAUUUCUGAAAGACAACAACAAUGCAGCUCAGCGCCUGUUGGAUGGGAUGAAUUUCAUGGCACAGUCUGUGUCUGAGCUCAGCCUGGGACCCACAAAAGCUGUGACCUCUUGGCUGACGGACCAGAUUGCCCCUGCCUACUGGAGACCCAACUCUCAAAUCCUGAAUUGCAACAAGUGUGGCACGUCCUUUAAAGAUAAUGAUACGAAACAUCACUGCCGGGCCUGCGGGGAGGGCUUCUGCGAUAGCUGCUCUUCCAAGACCCGCCCCGUCCCUGAGCGGGGCUGGGGACCGGCGCCAGUGAGAGUGUGUGACAACUGCCAUGACAGCAGGGGCAUCCGGUUAGAUGUGCCCGAGUCACAGACAGAGGAGGAAGGUGGGACACUGAUCGCCAGGAAGGUCGGUGAGGCAGUGCAGAACACUCUUGGAGCUGUGGUGACUGCCAUAGACAUCCCACUAGGUCUCGUGAAAGAUGCUGCUAGACCUGCGUACUGGGUGCCGGAUCAUGAAAUCCUGCACUGCCACAACUGCCAGAAGGAGUUCAACAUCAAGCUCUCUAAACACCACUGUCGAGCCUGUGGCCAGGGAUUCUGUGAUGAAUGUUCGAACGAGCGCCGAGCGGUCCCUUCCCGCGGAUGGGAUCAUCCAGUGCGAGUCUGUUUUAACUGCAAUAAGAAACCCGGUGAUCUUUAACCCCAGCUUCCUGUCUGGGUCCUUCACGAUUCCGUAGGUUCUCAGGGUUAGAAAAAAAUAUUUGGUCUCCCUUUCACCUUUAGCAGCUAGAGUGCAUGUUUCUGAUCUCCGGCCUGCUCUCAUGUUCUACCCAUCUUGGAAUGCUGGGACAUGAGCUCAAGUGAGUAAACUGGACCUUCAGGUUUUAAUUGUAAACUGAUUGGGGAAGGGGGGAGCUCAUGUAAAUGAGCAACCCAAAAUCCAGUGUAUUUUAUUCCAGUUUAAACAUCUAUAUCUAUAUAAUUUAGUAUGUUAAGGAUACCGGUGGCUAGUGAAGUUUUGAAUAUUUCUAGUUCAAAUAAGAGAUGCAGCUGGACCCUGCUGUAUUGGGUUGAAUUCAUAGCCACUGCAGUGCCUUCUAAUUCUUCUCUUGAAGCAUUUUGCUCAUCACAUGGUCCUAUUGUAAAGGUUUGGACCCUUUGCUGCCAAGAGGGUCCAAGGCUCCCCAAACAUAGAUGCAUGAAUUGCAUCUGAUAAUGGGAGGGUCCCUGCCUCUGGAGGCUCCACCUGCUGGCACUAAAGGGUUUGCAAAAUCUAUUUGAAUUGUGGUCACAAAUACUAGUCUGGCAGGUCAUGGGACUGCAGUGCAGGCGAGUGGAGGUGAACCUAGCACCAUGGCAGACACCAAGCUAGAGUUGUUGAAAGGAAGACAAAUGAUAUGGAAAAUGCUAGGGCAUCUGUGGUAGAAGCCAUUUCCAUGUCAGCACAAGAUCACAAGGUAGCAGGGCCUCGCUCUUCUUGACCACGUUCCCAUGCGCUUGGAUUUCUUUCAGGAGGACUUUAACUGCUUUAUGAGGUUUGUCAGAAACUAAGAGGCUUGUGACCAGAACGAGGCAAGUGCCAGUUUUCUGGAAGAUUGCAUGACCUGCAGUCUAGUGUUUGCUAGGCUUACUAACGUUUUAAAGGGUCCCCAGAUCCAUGGUGCCACCAAUGGUCUUGCAGAUGGCUGCAUAGAAACGGCACAGAUUUGACUGUGAUCUUUCUCAUAAAAACAACCACCAACCAACCAAACCUACAGAUCCAGCUGGAAAACAGGAAUCUCUUCUCAGCUCCUAGCAAGUGGCACUCACUGGACUUUACCCUUCCAUAAAGGUCUGCAUUGAACCACUGAAUUUAUCAGCAAUGAGCAAACCACUGUGCUCAACUGAUGUGCUCCCUUUCUGUGGAUUUUAGCUCUCAUGACAAGAAAUAAAGAGACCAUCAUGAACUGAACUUUUGGCUUAUGUAGACAAGGGAUGCUCCCAUGGAGGGGACUUGUCUCCAAUUGUAGUGGCUGGAGUUUGACACGAUACUCUGAAACUGAUUUAGUCCUACCUGCUGUGUAGCUCAAUGAUUGACACCCUCCGUUAGGACGAUAUUAUUAAAUUAACUGCUAUAAAAGACUAGACCCUCUGAACAAGUGUGCUGGCUUUGGCCUUUUAAUUAAUAGUUCUUGCUCUCACCCCCAAAGGAACCUGUUCGCAAAGUGACUGCCCCAGGCAUCUAUUCCCAGACUUCAUGCCGAAGCUGAAAUGGAAUGUGUGGGAGGAAACCUUCCCUGCUGGUUAAACUUCCAGAGACUAACUUGUAUUUUGUAAUCAAAGGCUGUCAUAAGCUGAUAGUCACCUGGAAGGGAGUGGGGGAUAGGAGUGGGUAACAGUCCUGUCUUAGAAAAGACAUUUUACAGCAUAGCUCUGCACUUUGAGUUGUUUAUUUUUGAAUCGGUGAUGGACAAUACAAUUAAUAUUUGUUGUUGGUUUGAAGGCCAUGCCCUAUGUGGCUUCCAUGCAUGUAGCUUCACUACCAUGUUAAUGCACAAAGAGAAACCAUCCAUGACAUUCCUUGUAUAAAAUCCUCACUUCAGAA